CGUAUCACGCUCUUUGUGAGGAUGUGAAACUCGAGAACGCGUAAGAAAAAUACAAAUAUAUUCAGUAACGUGUAUAUAAUGAUUUAAUUGCGUGUGCGCACUUAAUGAAUUAAAAAGUGGUUUCAAGUCAAGGGAAAGGACGGACGGAGGUUUCAUGAAAGUGCCAAUCACUUCAGAAUGGUACGCGUCCAAAUGGAUUCUAGCCGCUCUUCUAAUCACGACACCGCAACAAGGAAAAAGUGGUAAAGAGGACCAGGAUACAACUAAAUUGCAGUAUUAACUGCGCGCCAGACGAAGGAAAGAAGGAAGUGAACCAAAACCGUGGCUCUUCACUGUUUAGUGCACUUCAUAUUUGACCAGCGGCUGCCGCAGGCUCCCACGGACACCAUGGUUUCUGCUCCUAUGAACAGAUGAGAGUGUGCAGUCGCUUCAACCGAGCAGCAAUGAGCAGUGUACGGUAGACGAGCGUAGGCUGCGUGGCUCACCAGAACUAAUUCAGUGCUUCUAUUGUGUGAAACCCAGUUGUCCUGAAGAUGGGGCAUCCUCCCCUGGAGUUUAGUGACUGCUAUCUGGACAGUCCGGACUUCAGAGAGACUCUCAAGUGUUAUGAGCUGGAGUUGGAGAGGACGAGCAAAUUCCUCAAAGAGCUGAUAAAAGAUGGCAACAGUGUGAUCACUGCUAUCAAAGGGUAUUCUUUGGCUGUACAGAAGUUUUCCCAGACUCUCAGCACGUUUCAGUUCGACUUCAUCGGUGACUCCCUGACUGAUGAUGAGAUCAACAUUGCUCAGUCGUUCCAGGAGUUUGCUGGACUUCUGCAGGAAGUGGAGCACGACAGGAUGAUGCUGGUCCAGAACGCCUCCGAUCUGCUCAUCAAGCCGUUGGAGAAGUUCAGGAAGGAGCAAAUAGGAGUCACAAAAGAAAAGAAAAAGAAGUUUGAGAAAGAGAGUGAAAAAUAUCACUCCCAGGUAGACAAACACCUGAAUCUCUCCGCCAAGAAGAAAGAGAGUCAGCUUCAAGAGGCUGAUGAUCUUCUUGACAGAGAGCGAGUGAACUUCUAUGAAUCGUCAGUGGAGUAUGUGUACCAGAUCCAUCAGGUGCAGGACAGGAAGAAGUUUGAUGUGGUGGAGCCGGUGCUGGCGUUUCUUCACAGCAUUUUUACGCUCAACAACUUGACAGUGGAGAUGACUCAGGACUUUAUGCCUUACAAGCAAGAACUGCAGCUCAGCUUGCAGAAUACGAGAAACCACUAUGAGAGCACUAGCGAGGAGAUGGAGGAGCUGAUGAAGAGAAUGAAACACCCAUCCCAGAUCAGUAAAAUGCACAGUUUGCUGCCCAUGGAGGGUUAUCUGUACUGUCAGGAGAAGUGGGCUUUGGGCGUGUCAUGGGUCAAAUAUUAUUGCAAGUAUCACAAGGAGGGGAGACAGCUGGUCAUGGUGCCUUGUGAACAGAAGCCUACUACUAAACAGGGCACGAUGCAGCUGACACUGAAAUCCUGCAUCCGCCGCAAGACAGAGUCCAUAGACAAGCGCUUCUGCUUUGACGUGGAAACUAAUGAGAGAAACACACCCGUCACUUUCCAAGCUCUUUCGGAGGGAGACAGGAAGUUGUGGAUGGAGGCCAUGGAUGGAAAAGAGCCUAUCUAUCAUUCCCCAAUUCACAAGCAAGCUGAAAUGGAGCUGAAUGAGUUCGGAUUCAAGUUUGUGCGAAAGUGCAUCAAUUAUGUUGAAACAAAAGGACUCACACAAGAAGGAGUGUACAGAACAGUUGGAAGCAACAUCCAAGUGCAGAAGCUUUUAAAUGCCUUCUUUGACCCCACAAACCCAGGAGAUGUGGAUCUUUACAGCAGUGACUGGGACGUUAAAACCAUCACAAGUGCACUGAAGUUUUAUCUGAGGAGCUUGUCUGAACCUCUGAUGACCUACAGUCUACACAGAGACCUCAUGUGUGCUGCAAAGUCUGAUAACCUGGACUUCCGACUGAGUGAGAUUCAUUCUCUUUCCUACAAACUACCAGAGAAGAAUCGGGAGAUGCUGGAGAUGCUUAUCAAGCACUUGGUGAAUGUGUGCAGCCACAGUGAAGAAAACCGGAUGACCCCUUCAAACAUGGCUGUUAUCUUUGGACCCACGCUAAUGAGAGCGAAGGAGGAGACAGUGGCGGCCAUGUUGGACAUCAAGUUCCAAAAUAUUGUUGUUGAGAUUCUGAUUGAGGACUCCAAAAAGAUCUUCAGUUAUAUGCCAGAGGACAGCACUGCCCCACCUGUCCCUCCUCCGCGGAUCACCCCGAGAAAGCGGCAACCCAUCACAAUCUCCAAGCGGCCACCUCGUGUUUAUCCAGCUCUUAGUCACGACCACUUGCAGCACACAGAGAAUGGCCAGAACGACUACUCUGCCGUGGACGGGGAAGUCUCAACCAACCCUGUUCCCCUUCAGCGGACAAAACCUGUAAACUGUCCUCCACUCGUUCCAAGAGAACCUCCUCCAAGACAAGCGCUGAUGCCCAGACCAUCUAUCCGUCAGGACAGACACUCAGACUCUGACGCUGGCAAGAUAGACGAUACAAGGCAAAGGCCAGAUUCUUCUUCAGCAGCAAAUGGGGAGUCUGGAGUCUACGUGAGCAGAGUGCCAUCCUUCCAGAGCAGAAGACCACCUCCUAAAGGCACACCAGCCAACCGAGAAGGAGAUUCUGAAGGUCUAACCAGAACGAGGUCCACAGAGAAACAUGCCAUUUGCAGACCCCCUGUCAGGCCUCCCGAGCCCCCCUCCAGAUUCCCUACUCCACAAAAGACCCCGAGUGCAGCCAGCAGCGAGGGCACGGCCUCAUCCUAUGUCGCCUCAAAAACAAAGUUUUUUGAGAAUGCCUCCAAGCACAUUGGCAGUCCACCACCCUCUCCGUCAUCAACAGUGACAAAUGUGAAGAAAGAGAAUUAAAGUUACGGGGAUUCACACCACAUCAGAUGAUCUCUGCAUGUGCUGUUUGUUGGGUGCUGAUCAAGCUGGAGGGAGUCACCAUCAAUGAACUCAGUGAUCUUAUCGCAUAGAUUGAACAAGUGGUUCUUUGUAGACCUGAAUGGAUGUAUUUGAUUCCAUUUGAUUUUUAAUAGCAUGAACGAUGUUUUGAGGCAGCGCAGUAGCAAAUGGACUUUUGAAUGAGCUCGCAAAGUAAUUGUCUCGGAGUUUGAUGAUUAUUCCAAAGUUAGGAUGGAGUGACUGUUUUCCCCUUGUUUCAGGCCAAUUGACAAUAAUGUCAAAUAAUAUUACAAUGUUUUGUCAUUUUACAGUGUUAAAAAGUUUGAAUGGCAAAUUUCUUUGGAGGGAACUAACUGCCAUAACUGGUUAUAACUGCUUACUUAGACGUCUUCUUGUCCAAAUGCUUACACUUGUUUUUAGCAUUGUAAAAUAGAUCUCCCAAAGAAGACUAAUUGAUUAAAUAGGUUUAAUCAUUAUUAAUCUGAAGAAGUAGAUUUUUAGUUAAAUAUUAACUUCUUUAUAAAAUGGACCAUUUAAUGGUCUGUCAAGGAGCCUAAUGAAGAAAUUUCAUUUUAAGAUAAAUUAUUUCCAUGGAAGGUAUUUUAGUUUAGGUUCAUUCAAAGAAAAAUAUUUAGAUCUAAAUUUAAAUCAUGUAUGUCAGGUCAGACAUAAUGAGUCAUGUGGCCAUAAGUCACUUUUUAAGAGGCAUUACAAAGAAGUAUUGCUAUAAAAUGUCAGCCUGUAUUCCACUCAGUGUUGUUUGAGUUUAGAUAAUGAAUGUAAUGCUAGUGUUAGUUUAAUUGGGAAAAAUUAAAACAGUCACUAGUGACCAUUCCUUUCAUUCCGCUUCUGACUUUGGUGUCACCCACUUCUUACCUAAUGAAGGUAGAUCAGGUUGCACAGGAGAGACCUUGAAGUUUACCUGAAUUUGUUGCACCUCAAAAUAAUAGGGAUCAAAAUGCAGGUCACAUAAGAAUCAAAAGUGAUUGUUUCAAUAUGUGAAUAUAACACUCCAGUGUUUUGUUUUAUUUCGUUGUUCUUAAUAUGGUUAUGUUAAUUUUACACUUGUUUUAUUUUGAUAACCCGACUUGAAAAUUCUGGUUGUUUUCUGGUUGGAUUUGUUUUCAUAAAGUUAAAUAAAAAUGAAAAAGUUCUCAACUGCACUCAAAGCUUGAAACAGAGCUGUGUGUUGACAUUGAUAUCUGUGUUAUUGCAUAAUGUUGUAAUUCUAUUUUGCUUAGUCAGAGAGCUAAUGUUUGAAAUCAAUCAUAUUACAUCUAUUUCACAUGCA